AUUAAUUUCUUAAUUAGGGCUCAAAAUCCUUGGAUUAAUAAUCUUGUUAAUGCAAUGGCGGUUUCUAUUAUGAGCUUGUUGUUUGUGAUUUUAAUGGAGUUUUCGUGCUUAGUUCAUGCACUUAAAUUUUAUGUCGGUGGUGAUGACGGUUGGACCCUAAAGCCAUCGGAGAACUAUAUUCAAUGGGCUGAACGGUAUCGCUUUCGGGUCAACGAUGAAAUCGUAUUCAAGUACAAGAGAGGGCAUGAUUCGGUACUUGUUGUAAGUGAAAAUGACUAUUCGAAAUGCAACAAAGAAAAUCCAAUAAAAAUAUUGAAAAAUGGUGACUCCAAAUUCAAAUUUGAGAAAUCAGGUCCAUUUUUCUUCAUUACACUCACCAACUCCUUCACAACAGCUAAAUCUCGCUGCCACGCGCCGCCGGUCAAGCCACCCUCUCAUUCUCCAACCGCAUCUCCGGCGACGCAUCCAAUUACUCACCACUCACCGACCCCUUCCCCAGCAGCUAAAUCUCCCGCUCAAGCGCCACCGGUCAAGCCACCAACUCAUUCUCCAUCUCUAUCUCCGGCGGCCCCAACACCAAUUACUCACCACUCACCAAGCCCUUCCCCAGCAGCUAAAUCUCCCACCCACGCGCCGCCGGUCAAGCCACCUUCUCAUUCGCCAUCCCCAGCUCCUAUUACUCAUCACCACUCACCGACACCUUCCCCAGCAGCCAAAACCCCUUUACACGCGCCGCCGGCGCAACCACAUUCUAACUCCCCUGCCCCUUCGCCGGCGGCCAAAUCUACUACACACGUUCCGCACGUGGGACCACCAUCUCACUCGCCAUCACCAUCUUCGCACAUUAAUCAUUCACCGUCACCAUCCACUGAAGCUGAAUCCCCAAAGAAACACAAUGGCGGCGCACCUCAGCCGGCGAACCUGCAGCAUCACCACUAUGCUCCAUCGCCGCAUGCAUAGUCUCCGACGGCGUUUCC